AUGGCUCUCAAUCUCAUCAUACCACAAGAGUGGACUGUGCUACCCUGCGUGACACUGCGGAUGGAACUGCUCCGUAUCAUCAGAGCAAAGGAAGAAAUUGACUUCACAUCAACCGGAGUUAUAGGCUAUUACAAUGACGUAUUAGCAGAAUCAAUGAAUUUCUUUGAUUGCUUGUGGUUCCGGAAGCUUGACGAUACCAGUAAAGACCCCGACUUUGAUUGUUACUCGUUGAUGAUGGUGCCGUUGGUUCCAUCGUCUGCAGCAGCUUCGGAUGACUCGAGCAGCUGCUCGGAGUGUGAUUCCGAUGCAUUGCUAUCUGACGAUGGGCCCUGUUCUACCUGUGAUGAGUGUCAUGACUCGGAUGAAUAUUAACUGUAAUUGGGGUGUUGGUAAACUGUAGGAGAGUAAAGUCUUAAAUUCUAGUGUUUACAGUAAUUUAAGCUAGUGAUUUAGUUGUAAUCGUGUGUAAUCUAAUUCAAACAGUGGACUAUUGUGGCUAGAACAUGUCACUUUAUUUGUUAGUACCCCGUGAGUGGAAAGUGAUUUCAAAGAUGAAAGUGAAACGACAGCUAAGGCAUAUAAUUAUGCGACAUCGCGAGGAAUUUGAAACAUCUGACGGAGUGAUUGUGUGUUAUAAUCAUGUGCGCGCUAGAGCAAGGAAAUUCGAACGCUAUAUUUGGUUUAAGAAGAUAAGUGAUAUCGGUGAGAAGCCGAAAUCGAAGGUAUACAUUAAGCUUACAUUGGAAAUUGUAGAAACAUCUAUAGUGUUCAGUCAAGAAGAUAUUAUGUUAUUGUUAGAAAUAGAUAAGUAAAUAGUUUAUCUUUGAAUUGUGCUGUUGUUUCAUUUGAUGAACAAAUACAGGUAUAUUUUAGGUAACAUUAAUUUCAGCAAUAUACUAAUGGACAAGCAUAGCCUUGAGGACAUCACUUAGGAAAUUGGGUAUUUGCGUGACUAGGUGAUUUGAACCCUAAAGUAACAAACAGUGAGGUAACAUCAGGUGUUAAUUAAUGAGU